AUGCACAAUGGACAUGGAUCAGCUGCAGAAACAGUGCAAAAUGACGUCGAUCUCCUGGACCGGCAUACGUCCUUGUAUCAAUCAGAAGAACUGACUCUUAUUCACUUCGAGAUUGGAUUACACCUCGAAUCGUCCUCUUCUGGAUCAAUGGAUCGGGUUUACAGGAUCAUAAGACUACUGACGCUAGAAGUGGUGAAAUGUAUGCGAAAUCAUCAUCCGGCAAUUCACUUCCUUCAGGUCUUCUCACAUUUCUACUCAUAUUAUGCUUCUGAAUUUCAAUCGAUACCAUAG